GGCAGCCGCAGCAUCAUCCCGAGCAUCAGCGAGCGAAUCCCAUUACAUCACUUUGUCCUGAUCCGAUUGGCUGAAGGUCAAAGACUUAUAAUUCUGCAAGUCUCCGCUAUACAUUUUUUGCCGUGUUAAAAAUCUUGCACCGUUUUUUACCAAUAACAACACCAGUAAUAUUUCCGUGGCUGAAUUACAGAGCUUCGCAAUGGCAGAGAGCGAGGCAGAAACGCCGAGCACCCCGAUAGAGUUUGAGAGCAAAUACUUCGAAUACAAUGGAGUGCGGCUACCUCCCUUCUGCAGGGGAAAGAUGGAGGAAAUUGCCAACUUCUCGCUGAGGAGUAGUGACAUAUGGAUAGUCACCUAUCCGAAAUCAGGGACGAGUCUGCUCCAGGAGGUAGUGUACCUGGUGAGUCAGGGGGCUGACCCCGACGAGAUCGGGCUGAUGAAUAUCGACGAGCAGUUGCCGGUUCUGGAGUACCCCCAACCGGGCCUGGACAUCAUUCAGGAGCUCACGUCUCCCCGCCUGAUCAAGAGCCACCUCCCCUACCGCUUCCUCCCCACGGCCAUGCACAACGGAGAGUCCAAGGUGAUCUACAUGGCCAGGAAUCCCAAAGACCUGGUGGUGUCGUAUUACCAGUUCCACCGAUCCCUCAGGACCAUGAGCUACAGAGGCACCUUCCAGGAGUUCUGCCGGAGGUUCAUGAACGACAAGCUGGGAUACGGCUCCUGGUUCGAGCACGUGCAGGAAUUCUGGGAGCAUCGCAUGGACUCCAACGUCCUCUUCCUGAAAUAUGAAGACAUGUAUAAGGACCUGGGCACCCUGGUGGAGCAGCUGGCUCGGUUCCUGGGCGUCUCCUGCGACAAGGCCCAGCUGGAGGCCAUGACGGAGAGCUGCCACCAGCUCAUCGAACAGUGCUGCACCUCCGAGGCCCUCUCUAUCUGCAGGGGGCGUGUGGGGCUGUGGAAGGACAUCUUCACUGUGUCCAUGAACGACAAGUUUGACGCGGUGUACAGGCAGAAAAUGGGGAAGUCAGACCUCACCUUCGACUUCAGCCUUUAAAAGGAGCGUCGGCGCUGCAUGUCUCACCGAGAGCCACAAGACCCCACUCCACAUCUCCAGUCCACCCCAACCCUUCUCUCAGUCCUGGAGGAUCUCCUCACUGCUCUACUCAAUACAAAACAACCGCACCCGCAACUGCAACCACACCUAUAUGGACCUCUGUGGAUCCUAUGCUGCUCUCACUGAGUAAUCAAUCGCCAAUCCUAUUUACAGUUACUCUUCUUUAUUAUAUGUAUGAAUAUGCAUCACUGCAUCCUAUAUAAAGUGACCCCUCGACUCUCAGCACGACUCCUUAGCGUGUGAUGUCACAUGUCAGGUCUAGCACACGCAAUCAGACAUUUGCCAGCACGUGAGCGCUCACGUGAUAACGUUGUCACAAUGCAAGAAAAACCUUGUGAGAAUGUUAUGUGCUGGCUGGGGGGCAGAAUCUCUCAGGGUUUUAUCAGUUCUGUGCAGAAACACCUGGGCUGGUGUUCCUUGCCCUGACUCUGUUGUGAAUUUCAAACUGCAGACCUGCUGUGGCAAUUUAAAGACACUGCUACUGAUGGGUAAUGUUCAGGUGGCUUGCGUUUAAAUCACUCCUGUUUUACCUGCUCUCAAAUGUGCUGAACUGAAGGCUUAUCUUCAGCAGGCCUGCUGGAGUUUUUAAAGCAUCCUCACAUGGCUUUCUCAAUACUUAAAUCAGGCUACUGUGUCAAUCCGUCCUGGUUAUGUGAAUGGGAUAUCUCCAUGAGUGUUUCUUGGAAUUAUGUUAUUAUUUCUUGGACAUGCAAUAUCGAUCAUUGCCACAUAUCACACUUGUCUUUUGAUUUGUUAUCUGCUGUCACUCUGAGUCUGGUGAAGGACACUUCCACAGUCAUCUCUAAUCACCAGGACUGAUC